UAGAAAAGGGUGGGUGGGGGCUGACAAAAGUUGAGAGUAGCUUGUGGACCUGCAUACAGCAGGCACCCAGAAUUUUGGCUCACCAAGAUCUAGCCAGGCCUUGAGCCAGCUUCUCCCCCACCCAAGCACUAGAGACUCAAGGGAAUUGUGGCAUGUGCAGGUGCAGGCCCGAACCAUAUGGCAAAUAAAGGGCCCAGGGGGUGACGGCCACUGGAGCCCAUCUCCGUCUGAACAGGAAGUGAGGUGGUGGCGUUUCGGGUGGAAUCUGGUACCUCGGGGCUAGUGCAGCCCACUCGAACCAGCCCACUGGGAGAAGAUGCCAGGGGGUCUAGGAGUGCUCACAGCCUUACCUCUCUUCCUCCUCUUCCUGUCCGAAGCCUGUCUGGGCCCUGGAUGCCAGGCCCUGAUGGCGGAAAGGGACCCACCCUCCAUGACAGUGAACGUGGGUGAUGAUGCCCGCCUCACCUGCCCUCACCAUGGCGAGAACACGGAUGUCACAUGGUGGUACAUCCUUCACGCCAACUACUCAUGGCCCCCGAAGUUGCUGGGUCCUGGCCUGGGCCCCACCGGCGAGUGGGUCAUCUCCAAGGUGAACAAGAGCCAUAGGGGCAUGUACAGGUGCCAAGCGAAAAAAGACAACAUCACAAGACAGUCCUGUGGCACUUACCUCCGAGUGCGGGUGCCAGUCCCUAGGCCCUUCCUGGACAUGGGAGAAGGCACCAAGAACCGAAUAAUCACAGCGGAGGGCAUCAUUUUGCUAUUCUGUGCAGUGGUUCCCGGAACGCUGUUGCUCUUCAGGAAGAGAUGGCAGAACGAGAAGUUUGGGAUGGGCCUACCAGAUGACUACGAAGAUGAAAAUCUUUAUGAGGGCCUGAAUCUUGAUGACUGCUCCAUGUAUGAGGACAUCUCCAGGGGACUCCAGGGCACCUACCAGGACGUGGGCAGCCUCCACAUUGGAGAUGUCCAGCUGGAAAAGCCCUGAUUGACAUCUUCCCCUGCUUUCUCCCACUCUGUGUCCUGCCUGUGUGCCUGU